UGAGUGGGCUAAAGUGUCGUGUGCAAAGACUACUUGUACUUACCUUACCGAGGCUGCUACUCACCGACAGUUGAUCGGAGAGUGAGUAUUAUAUGUCAUGGGACUAUACCUGUCAAAGGUAAGGAAGAUGGUGUGUAUAGAGUUUAAAUGAUGUGCCUGACAUCACAGAGCUGGGAAAACAUGGAUUCUGAAAAUAUGGAACCUGAAAAUGCAGAAACUGAAAAUAUGGAAACCGAAAAUCUAGAAUAUGAAAAUAUGGAAAUUGAAACCAUUUCUUCGGUUUCAACUCUGCAAGCCCUCUCUAAGCUACUUUAUCCUGAAGAAGAGGAUGAUUUUGAGUCUGGACAGCCAAAUUGUUCAUCUAUUCUUGGAGCCAUGGGUCCUGGGAAUAUUGGACCACCACCAACAGAAGAGUUCCAAGACAUCCCUCAAAGCAGUGAUGAAAACGGCAAGGAUAUCUGGAAUUCAGAAGAGGUUCCAGAGGGAGCAGAGCACGAGGACAUGUGGGAUGUUAGAGAAAUACCAGAGUAUGAGAUAAUAUUCAAACAGCAGGUGGGAACUGAGGAUAUAUUCCUAGGAUUUUCAAGAAAAGACUCUUCAACCGCAUGUUGUGACGAUCUAGUGGUGAAAAUUAAACUGCCAAAUACGAACCCUUCUGAAAUUAAAAUUGACGUCCAAGAAAUGACUCUCGACCUUCGUACUCCUAAUAAGAAGCUGUUGAUAACCCUUCCCCAACCUGUGGAAUGCAGUAGUGCCAAAGCUUUCUAUAUCCUGGAGACCGAGACUCUUGAAGUCACCAUAACUUUGAAAAGGGAGUUGGAUUUCAUUAAUUUCUUCUAAAACUUCAUGAAUAAGAAGGAAAAGGGGGUACAUUGGACUGAUAAAAAAUAAAACUUCGG